AUGUCUAACACAAUCAUCUUUUUCUCUGUGGGCAACCCUGGUCCUAUGAACCGACACUCGGUAGGACAUCUAAUACUAAAACACCUCAUUGAGGCAUUCGGAGCUAGUCAGCUAGUGAAGAAAGGAAAGUACUCUUUCACCAAACUAGAAAAUGUGUUUUUUGUCAAAUCAAACAGUUACAUGAACGAAUCUGGAGCGCUGCUCAAGACGUUUUUAUCAACAGAACGGGUGAGUAAUAGUACAAUAGUCAUUCUCUAUGACGACUUUGAGUUGAACUUUCCCAAGGUUCGAAUUCAGAAUUUUAAGAAAAAUGAGUCCCAUAACGGCAUCAAGUCAGUACAAAAAGCACUUUUAUCGCUUCCGAACACAGUGUAUAAGCUCGGUGUUGGCAUCGGACCAAAGCCCCAGGGAGCUCUGAAAGAUACCAUGGCGGCAUUUGUGUUGGCUGAUUUUACCUUGGCCCAAAAGCAGUCUAUGGUAGAAGCACUUCACGCAACCGAAGAAUAUGCAUCGGCUAUUAUAGACAAAGAUGGGGAAAUUGGGGACUGCAACAAGCUCAAUUCGCGUAUAAGCAAGGUUCUAGAGGCCUAA